UAGCUGUCCAUCACGAGGGAACGGGACUAGGCGGGGCGAGUCGCACGCGGGAACCGGGAGCGUGCGGGCGCCUUCUCCGCCCCCAACCGGCGGCCGGGGCGGGGCCUCUGGAAGGAACGGCUAGCAGGUGGCGGCCCGUCCGCACUCCGCCGACGCGAGCGGCGGAGGAGCGGGGCGCCUGGAGGGGGAGCUUCGGGGCAGCCUUUAGGAGACAGGCGGGAGCGGCGCAGGGCCUGCUUUCUCCCAGCUCUUUGCCUUAAAGAGUUCCCUGAUUUUAUGCCAGGCGCACAUCUGUAAUCACAGCACACGGGAGGCUGAGGCAGGAAGACGGCAGGAGUUCAAGGCCAGCCUGGACUACAUCCCCCUGGCUCCCCAGGUCUGAGGCUGAUCCAUAGGAGAGGCCUCCUUUCAUUCGGCCGGGAUGGCAUCUGUGGACUUCAAGACCUACGUGGACCAGGCCUGCAGAGCAGCUGAGGAGUUCGUCAAUGUCUACUACACCACCAUGGACAAGCGGCGGCGCCUGCUGUCCCGCCUCUAUAUGGGCACUGCCACCUUGGUGUGGAACGGAAACGCUGUUUCGGGACAGGAGUCCUUGAGUGAGUUCUUUGAAAUGCUGCCCUCCAGCGAGUUCCAGAUCAAUGUGGUUGACUGCCAGCCUGUCCACGAUGAGGCCACACCGAGCCAGACCACGGUCCUGGUUGUCAUCUGUGGGUCAGUGAAGUUUGAGGGCAACAAACAGCGGGACUUCAACCAGAACUUCAUCCUCACUGCCCAGGCUUCCCCCAACAACACAGUGUGGAAGAUUGCGAGUGACUGUUUCCGGUUCCACGACUGGGCCAGCUAGUCGGUGAGGAAGACCCGUAACUGCGGCGCCAGCUCUGGAGAGCACCAUCUCAGCUCUGAGAUGUGAGGACACGCUCCUUUCUGUUAUUGCCACAAUGCACUGUGCUGAGGCCAAACUCACUCCUUGUGUUCAUUCACAUCCCAGGAGCCCUUUCCCUGCGUAUACACUUGUCAUAGUUGCCUUUUAAAAGUAAUAAGCUUUUCUAUUUUUCUAUUUGCCCAGUAGAAACCUGAUUCUGGAAAUUCAGAAAAUAAAAAGUCAUCAGUACAA